CGACAUUUUUAAUAUUUUCAUUUUGUUUGUUGACUAAAAAAUCUUGAGAAAAUACAAAAUCUUCUCAACAGAAACUGUUCCAGAAUGGUUGAAAAUAUCUCUUACCUUGAUGAUAUUUGUCGACUGUGUUUGGCAACACGAAGCAAAGAGAACUUACAAAUAUUUUCUAAGAUAGAAAGUACGACAAAAACAAAAUUUGAAGAUUUGACGCAAAUAGAGUUAUCCUUAAAUGACGAUUAUCCUAACAACAUGUGUUCAGAAUGUAGUGAUCGUCUUGACAGUUUUUACUUUUACAAGAACCAACUUGUUAGAAAACAAAAUGAGCUCGUGCAGUUUCUCGGUAUCGAUAAUAAAAUUGCAGUUUGUAAUACCAAAAAGCAAUUGUACGAAACGACGGAAGAUUUCAUUACUGAAGAAAUUUGUUUAGAAGAAGAUUUAAUUGAGGAAGAUGAAUUUGAUGUGAUUUAUGAAAAUGAAGAAGUUUUAGAUAUGACAGAUGAAGAAAUCGAAGUGUACGACAGUCAUGAUGAGAUAAUUGUCGAAUCUAUGGAAGAAGGAGAGAAAUCUAGUUUAACAGAAUUUACUGAAGAUUUUCAUGAUAAUCAAAACCAGAAAGUUCUCAGAUCAGAAGAAAUAAAGUAUGAAAUAAUCGAGCCAAAGUUGAUAUUGACACCUUCUCAAAUCGCUACUGGAAUGAUUAAAUGUGAACAAUGCAAAAUGAUCUUUAAAAAGAAACAUUUUUAUAAUAAACAUCUUGAAAAAGUUCACAACAAUCCAAGUUUCAUUUGUGAAACAUGUGGGAAAAUUUCACAUUCGAGACUUCAGUGGCGGAGUCAUUUAAGGAAUCAUGAUCAGACACUUAAAUAUGCUUGUAAUUAUGAAGGCUGCGAGAAAGCUUUUAGAGUGAAACAUCACUUGACCAAUCAUCUCCGUUCACAUACAAAGGAAUCGCCAUUUCAAUGUCCCUUUGAAGGAUGUUCGUCGAAAUUCCGACAAAAAUUUGCACUAACAGUUCAUUUGAGAAAGCAUACUGGAGAGUUCAUUACAUGUGACCAAUGCAAAUCUCCAUUUGUUACUCAAUUUAUGUUAAACAAACACAAAGAUAAAUGUAAUGGAACAUUCAAACCCUUGACUUUAAGAAACUCGUCAAAAUUUAAGAAAUCUCAGAAUUAUUCAGAUGCUUACAAAUGUUUGUUCGAAGAAUGCGACGAAACAUUCAAAGCUAAAGUAACUCUACAAAAACAUCUUUCAAAGGUUCACAAGAUGAAUGUUACACCAACUUUAUGUGUGAUUUGUUUCCAAAAUUUUGACAGUCAGCAAAGCUUGAAAAUUCACCAACGUGAUCAUCUUCCAUUCACAUGUUCACUUUGCAGUACAAGUUUCAAGUCUCGAGACAAUCUGGAGAAUCAUCUAGCGAAAAGUCACGAGAGAAAUGAAAAUAGACCUCAUGGGUGUGAUCAAUGUUCUGCAUCAUUUAAACGAGCUGAACAUUUGAAAACUCAUAUAGCUUAUAAACACAGCAACAAUCGUCCUUUUACAUGCGAUGUCUGCUCGUUCAUCUUUGCUUCGAAGAGUGAUCUGAAAGUUCAUAUGAAAAUUCAUCUAAAAACAAAAUCAAAUUUUUUAUAAAAUUAUAUCUGAAAUGAAAUAAUUUUGACAAAUUCCCAGAAAUAAAAUAACAUGAAAAUGCGAAUAAUGUUUUUAAACAUUAA